AUUUAUAUAUUUUUAAUCCAAUGUUCAGAAUUACAACUUAGGCUUUGUACAAUCUAUAAGCGACAAAGUUAGUUAAUCGAUUCUGUGUGGUGUCAAAAAAUAAACCAGAAGCUGGUCCUUCUUAAGUAAUUCAGAAGCUUAAAAUUGAUAGGGCCAUUUGACAGACAAAUAUACAGUGAUAGAUCACACAUAUGAUGCAGUUGUUGUUGGAGCAGGCGGUGCUGGUUUAAGAGCUGCAUUUGGUUUGGUUGAGCUUGGGUUCAAGACUGCUUGUAUUUCAAAGUUGUUUCCAACAAGAUCACAUACAGUGGCAGCUCAAGGAGGUAUAAAUGCUGCAUUGGGGAACAUGACAGAAGAUGAUUGGAGAUGGUACUGAUUGAGACAUAUCUAGGCAUGCAUACGAUACUAUAAAGGGAUCUGAUUGGUUGGGAGACUAGGAUGCUAUCACUUAUAUGUGCAAAGAAGCACCAAAGGCUGUUUAUGAAUUGGAAAGUUAUGGUUUACCAUUUUCAAGAACUCCAGAAGGCAAGAUCUAUCAAAGAGCAUUUGGAGGACAGAGUUUGAAAUUCGGAACAGGAGGACAGGCUUAUAGAUGCUGUGCUGUAGCAGACAGAACAGGACAUGCUAUGUUACACACUUUGUUUGGGAGAGCCUUGGGAUAUGAUUGUAUAUUCUUUGUGGAGUACUUCGCUCUUGAUUUGAUGAUGGACGAUCAAGGGUAAUUUGAUGUUGUUGAUUUAUCAUAGAGCUUGCAGAGGAGUAGUGUGCAUGUCGAUGGCAGAUGGGUCAAUUCACAGGAUUAGAGCAGGAUACACAGUAAUAGCCACUGGUGGUUAUGGGAGAGCAUUUUAGUCAUGCACAUCUGCCCAUACUUGCACAGGUGAUGGUGGAGGCAUGACUAUCAGAGCAGGUUUACCAAUGGAAGAUUUGGAAUUCGUAUAAUUUCAUCCUACUGGUAUUUAUGGUUCUGGAUGUUUGAUGACUGAGGGUUGCAGAGGAGAAGGUGGUAUCCUUAGAAAUUCAUUGGGAGAAAGAUUCAUGGAGAGAUAUGCUCCUACUGCUAAGGAUUUGGCAAGUAGAGAUGUUGUGUCUAGAGCUAUGACUAAGGAAAUUUUAGAGGGAAGAGGGUACCUCUUAGAUUAUUAUCAUUUAUAGAGUUGGACCAGAAAAGGAUCACAUCUAUUUGCAUCUCAAUCAUUUGCCAGCUGAACUCUUGCAUGAAAGAUUACCAGGAAUCAGUGAAGCCGCUAAAAUAUUUGCAGGUGUUGAUGUUACCAAAGAACCUGCACCAGUCUUACCUACUGUUCAUUACAAUAUGGGUGGAAUACCUACCAAUUUCAAAACUGAAGUUCUUAAUCAAGUUGCAGGCAAAGAUCAAGUAGUACCUGGACUUUUGGCAGCUGGUGAGGCUGCUUGUGCAUCAGUCCAUGGUGCCAACAGAUUGGGAGCAAAUUCUUUAUUAGAUAUCGUUGUUUUUGGAAGACAAGCUGCCAAUCUUGUUGGUGAAAAGUGGAAACCUGGAUAGAAACAACCAGAUUUACCCAAAAAUGCUGGAGAAGCUGCCAUUGCCAGAAUAGACAGAUUAAGACAUCAUGAAGGAUCUCAGACUGUUGCUUAAGUCAGAAAGGAUCUCCAAAGAACUAUGCAAAAACAUGCUGCUGUCUUUAGAAUUGAAAAAACAUUGUAAGAGGGUGUUGAAAAAGUCAAAGAAAUCUAUUCAAGAAAAGAUGAUAUCAGAAUCAAAGACAAAGGACUUGUAUGGAAUUCUGAUCUGAUCGAAGGAUUAGAAUUAGACAAUUUACUAUGUAUUACUAUCCUUUACUAUUAUUUCAGUGUAAGGCAAAAUGACCAUCGAAGGGGCUUUAAAUAGAAAGGAAUCCAGAGGAGCUCAUGCUCGUGAUGACUUCCCAGAUAGAGAUGACAAGAACUGGAUGAAACACACAUUGGCCAGAAUCAAAGACACCAAGAAUGGUGAUAUUGAACUAACUUAUAGAGAUGUAAUAAUUAAUACUAUAUUUUAUAGGUUAUCACUAAGACCUAAGAUCCAAAAGAAUUUGAUACUGUUCCUCCAAAAAAGAGAGUGUAUUGAAUAAAUAUUAAAUAAC